AUGUCAACAACACUUCUCCCAUUUCUCUACCAGACCCGGACCCUGCAGAGGAUAUCUCGGCAUGCCGCUCCAAAUCCAGCAUUGCGAGCCUUUGUGCACACCACAGCGGCGACAAACCUGCCCCUCAGACCGUCUUCAUAUAUGCCCCCAAGGAGAUCCUCCCGUCCAAACAGAACAGGAUCUUACAGGCGAGGCCCUGCUUCCGGUGGCCCGAAAAGAGAAUCCAUCCCCUUCGAGCUUCCAGAAGACUACGAGCGACCCCCUCCCAGAGAAUUGAACCAUCUUCUCACAGAGGCUGGAGAUCGAUCGACCAUCACACCCACCGAGCGUGAUGCCUUCAAGGCUAUCUUUGAAGAAAUUGCCGCCAAGCAGUCACCUUCGAGCCAUCAAGACCCCUCGCUCCUCAAGCCUACGCAGCAGCGCUGGCCCAAGAGCGAUGCGGCCUUGGAUUUACCAGCCCAGCCGUCAGCUAGUGAGACAAUCGACAUCAUCAUGCAAGAUGCCGCCGACGUCGAAGCGAGAAAUACUAGACAGCUCCAACAUCCCUACGGCAAGAGUCACCCCAUGACACAAGCAGCCAACACCAAUGACUGGAACAAAGCUCUCUUGCGCUUUCCACCGAGCCUCCGUGAUGCUGCCCGCCGAGCCCUCAACAUCACCGAAGCCGAGGAGCUCAAGAGCCCCGAUGGGUAUUCAGAAAGUGCCGCCUCCCGCGUUGGAGCUGACCCCGACAUGGUGCUCAACCCACUCGGCAAGUCCGUUCAGCACGAAGCCCUCCGCCGUGCCGAGCGCGCGCGAGUCGAAGGGAUGAUGCAGGCCACAAAAACAGACUUUGAGCUGUGGGAUAUUUUAGAAAAGGAGGUCUUUCCAAUGGUGGCCAGGUUUGGGUUGGACAAGCUGGAGCCAUCCGUGUUGAAGACGAAGGGACGCAAUGGCAAAAAAGCUGAUACGGCUCCUCCUGCGGCCAACGCCGAGGAAAACGCACCAGGCAAUGACCUAUUUCCCCUGCACAUCUACGGUCCACUGUACCCCCGCUAUCUUCUAGCCGCCCUCCGUCUGUUCCACCAAAGAUUUUCCCACCCAUCACCGCUGGCCUUGAACAUUUUACCGCGCGUCAAGGAGCUUGGGCCGGCAAGCUACGUUUUGGGGGCCAGCACGCCCUUUUACAACGAGCUGGUGAGGAUUUUGUGGUAUAGGUACGGCAAUGCCGAAGGUGUGCUCAACAUGUUUGAGGAGAUGCGUAUGGCCGGCAUGGUAUUUGACGCCGACUCGCUCAAGGUGCUGAAUGCCAUCUCGUCGUGGGUCAGAGCAAGCGAGACGGGGAAGCAGGGUCCUUUUCUCAAGGAGUUGGUCUCGUUGCCCGAGUGGGAAUAUGGGAUGCAGGCGAGGCUGAGGCAUUGGGGAAAUUCGAUGCAAGAUCAGCGAAAGUACUUGGCUAGUGCCAUUUAG